UCUGUCAAAGAACGACUCCUCUUCUCUGUUUCUCCUCCUGACUGUUCUGUCUCCUUCAACAUCCUUCUUGGAAAACCAUUCACCUCUCUCUCUCUCCAAGCACCCUUCUCUGCAAAACUCCGUAUUACAAUCGGAUCUCUCUCUCUCUCUCUCUCUCUCUCUCUGUAGUCUGUACAGUACAUAUUGAUCGUCAUCUGCAAUGGCGGCCAACAAGUUUGCGACCAUGGUUCACAGGAACACCAACAAGAUGACCCUCAUUCUGAUCUACGCCGUUCUCGAGUGGACUCUGAUCGGCCUCCUCCUCCUCAACUCUCUCUUCUCUUACCUCAUCGUCCGAUUCGCCGGUUACUUCGGCCUCAAGAGGCCCUGCCUCUUGUGUUCCAGGAUCGAUCACCUGUUUGAGCCCGGCAAGACCAAGCUCCAUCACAGAGGCCUUGUCUGCGAGAGCCACGCCACCGAAAUCUCCCGGCUGGUGUACUGCUUCAAUCACCAGAAGUUAGUAGAGCUCCAAGACAUGUGCGAGGAUUGCUCGUCCUCUUUGCAACUCGGCCCGGCUAAGGAUGACGACGACGACGACAAGGCGAAGUGUUGUUGUCGUUGCUGCGGAGCGAGUGUGGAGAAGAAUUCCCACUUCUCUCCCUGUGCUUCAAUCAAGUCUUGCUUUGAUAGUCCUGACGAUACCCAGAAGGGGUAUUUUGUCACAGAGGCAGAGGAUGGAGAUUUUCGGAGCGGAUCGGAGUUGUUUGUGAAGGAAGGCAUUCAGGGGAUUGAAGAAGCUGGAAGAUUCGUUGUGGUUUCUGAAGAUUGUCAAGCAUUUGGGGAUGUUAAGUUGGAGCUAGAGGAGGACGACAAGUGUUCGUCGCCUUCAUCAGAAUAUGGUGUUAAAGAAAUGGUGGAGAAUGACGAUGGGAAGGUCGAACUGGUGACUGAGAAGGUGCGCGAAGUCCUUGCCGAGGAUGAUAGGAAUGUGUUUGUUGUUGAGAGGCGUAUGCCUGAUGAGACUGAUCAGAGCAUGCUUCAAUUCGGUGGCGGAAAAGGCCAAUCAGCGGCCGUGAACGAGCUCUCCUCUCGCCACUUGGAGUUUGUGGAGGUUUCUGAAGAUCGUCAAGCAUAUUGGGGUGUUAAGGUGGAGCCAAAGGAGGAGGAGGAGGACAAGUGUUCGUCGCCUUCUUCAGAAUCUGGUAUUAAAGAAAUGGUGGAGAAUGAGGAUCACAAGGUCGAACUGGAGAUUGAGAAGGAGCAGAGAGUCAUUGCCGAGGAUGAUAGAAAUGUGUUUUUUGUUCGGAGGCAUAUGUCUGAUGAGACUGAUCCGAGAAUGCUUCAAUUCGGCAGCAGAAAACGCCAAUCAAAGGCUGGCAUGGAGCUCUCAUCUCGCCAUUUGGAGUUUUACAUCGGAAACAAUGAGUGCGAGUUGAUUCCAGUGGAACUGAAAGGGCUGUACACAAUCAAAGAGGAAGAUCAUGAAAACUGUGGACAACAGGAUGUCAUUUUGGACUUCUGCUCCUCUCCUGGGAAGCAGAUUGAGGUUGUGGAGGAUAAGGUUAAGGGCGAUUCGCUUCAGAGUGAAGGUUUCACGAUAAAAUUCGAAACCAAGGAGCUGAAAAAAAUCGAUUCUUCCGAAGCCGCGGAAUUGGAUGAGAAUGUGUUAUAUCAUGCACAAGAGAAGGAUAGCAAUGAGCAAGUUGCUGUUACUCAAGCAACCAGGACUUUCGGAGUGGGAAGUGAUGAUGUUCUUCAAGGAACUGCAGAAACGGCAGGAGGAUUCGAAAGUUCAGACUUUCACCCAGGAGCCGAAGAGGAGUGUAAUUCUCAGAAUGAUGAGGUCGACGCAGAGAUUUCAAUCGGGACAGAGAUUCCUGAUCAAGAAACAGUAGAUGAGAUUCAUACUCAAGAAUCGUUCCCUUCGUUUCAUUGCACACAGGAAGAUACUUCUACUAGAUAUGACAUUCUCAGCGCUAAUUUUGAGCACGGGUUUAUGCAAACUGAAAGAAAUAUAGAAUUCCAUACUGUCUCGUUUGGAGCGAGCGAGCUAGAAGAUAAUGGUCAAGUGCAAUUGUGUAUGGAGAGUAAUGAGAAUAUUGAAGAUGAGAAAAUGCCGGAUACACCCACUUCCAUCGAUAGCCUGCAUAGGAGAUUACUCCUUCUGGACAGGAGAGAAUCUGGGAUGGAAGAUUCUGUAGAGUCGUUGGACGGGAGCGUGAUCAGUGAUAUUGAUGGUGGUGAAGGAACUCUCACCGUUGAGAAGCUGAAAUCGGCAUUGAGAUCCGAAAGGAAGGCCUUACAUGCUCUAUAUGCAGAACUUGAAGAAGAGCGGAGCGCUUCUGCUGUCGCGGCAAGCCAAACAAUGGCAAUGAUCAACCGCCUCCAGGAAGAGAAGGCCGCGAUGCAAAUGGAGGCCUUGCAGUAUCAGAGAAUGAUGGAAGAGCAAUCCGAGUACGAUCAAGAAGCAUUGCAGCUUCUAAAUGAUCUUAUGGUGAAGCGAGAAAAGGAGAAGGAAGAAUUGGAGCAGGAGCUCGAGGUGUAUCGCCAGAAGGUCGAGGAGUACAAGGCCAAGGAACAUAUGAUGAUCGUGAGAAGACACCGAACUUCAUCUGCAUCUUGUAGCAAUUCCGAGGACGGUGAUGGAUUAUUGGUCGAUUUGAAUGGUGAGGCGAAGGAGGAGGGCGGCCUUUCUGGUGACCGAAACGGAAGCCAUGAGAAAACCCCAAGUGAUGCAGUUGUGUAUCUGGAGGAGUCAUUGGAGGACUUUGAGGAAGAGAGGUUGUACAUUCUAGAGCAGCUCAAGGCUCUGGAAGAGAAGCUCUUCGGAAUGAGCUAUGAAGAAGGACAACAUUUUGAGGACGUGAAGCCAAUGAUCUGUCACUCCUACAAGGAAAACGGCAACGGUCACAGCGAUCACUUGUCGAAUGGUGGAGGUAAUGGGAAUGGAAACGGAUAUUCCAAAAUGAAUGGAAAACACCAGGAACACAGGGGACUUGGGGGCCCUAAGGCGAAGAGGCUGCUUCCUCUUUUUGAUGCAGUUGGUGCAGAAACAGAAUUAGAUGGUGAGCUGUGCGGAGACGAACACCAUGCUGAGGACAAGAGGCUCGCGAUCGAGGAAGAAGUAGACUACGUAUAUGAGAGAUUGCAGGCCCUUGAAGCUGACAGGGAGUUCCUAAAGCACUGUGUCAACUCAUUGAGGAAGGGCGAUAAAGGAUUGCAUCUUCUCCAAGAGAUCUUGCAACACCUUCGCGAUUUAAGGACCGUCGAGGUCCGUGUUAGGAACAUGACCGAUGGCGUAAUGCAGUGAAAUUUGCCACUGAUGCUGCGACGUAGAAGUCAAGAUUAUCUUAUUGGAGUCCAUCGGCCACCGAAAAAUCUAAGCAAAGUACCGGCGGCUGAGCAUCAUUCGGGCCACACCGGACACGGUGGCAAAGUACAUUUCAUGAACAAAUGUUAAGGGAUGCACCUUCAGGGAGAGGGAGGCCCCUGGUUCUGGUCUAUUUCGUCUCAUCUUGGUGGACAAUGAGGAAAGAGUCUACCUUCAUGUUUUUGACUUUGUUUUCUGUUCUUACUAUAAGCCCAAUUUUUAUUUUCUGGGUUUAUGCCUACCAGCACCUUUUGUGCAAAAGGGUGAUGGUGGGUGUCAUGUGCAUGUAGGCUAGUGUGGGGGAGAUAAAAACACCAUGUCAUCUGGAAUUCUUUUUUCUUGUUUCUUCCUUCUGCUGUCUUUUUCUUGUUGUAAUGUUACAGUUCUGUCAUUUGGAGGUUGUGAGAGUAGGCAUGGCUUGCAUGGCUUGCAUAGCUGGAAAGAUCCAACCAAGAUUCCAGUGCCAGUUAGGAAGUUUUUAGAAACAGGACACUCUUUUUUGGUUAAUUCCUUUAUGCCCUUCAUCUGCUGGGGAAGCUAGGGGAAAAGUAAACUCACCCCCCCUUAUCUUUCUCAUCAUUGCAUCAGUUUCCAUCACAUGAGGGUUUGGCUUUCUUUUAAUCAUUUGGAGGAGCUUAUGAAAGUUGUCUCUACUUGUAUACACCUGUGUACUCAUCAUCUGUAAGUAUGUAAUGGUGUGUGUGUUGUUUUUUUUUCCCCUUUUGUUUUAGACUGUCUUGGAGUUUACC